CCGUUUCGAAUAAAAGCUGUUAAAUAACAGCGUUAUGACCUGUAUUAUGACCCUAUUAAAUAGCUAAGUUACGGUUCUAGCGGUAACCGAGUUUUUACACACCCUGACACAAUAUGGUUUGUUCCGAUGAUACCAUUCUAACAGUAGGCUAAUAUAUGUACAACUCCUCAGGGUUAGUUUUGAUACACAGUGAGAUCUACAAAUGUACCCUCGGCCUUUUUUCUAAGUGGUGUCGUUUGACUUUUGUCUUAAAAUUCGUUAUUUUUCGAGAAGGGGUCAUAAUUCUACGUGAAUCUAUUUCACCCCCCACCCCCUGUAAUCGCGGUGGUUUUUUCCAUCAUGGCUUCCAUUCACUGACGGUCAUUCAGACUCUGCCAGGUCUCUGCCUCACAGCAUCAUGAGUGAGUUAAAGGACUGUCCCCCUCUGAAAUACUACGACUUCAAGCCGGUCGAGCAUGUGAAGGUGUGUCCCCGCUACACCGCUGUGCUCGGCCGAUCAGAGGACGAUGGCAUCGGCAUUGAGGAGCUGGACACCCUGCAGCUGGAGCUGGAGACGCUCCUCUCAUCGGCCAGCCGCCGCCUCCGAGCCCUGGAGGAGCAGAGACAGAUCCUCACAGACUGGCAGGACAAGAAGGGGGAUAAGCGCUUCCUGAAGCUGGGGAAAGACCCAGAUCCUGCCGCCUCUUCUCGCCACAAACCAAAGAAGCAGAAGUUGGACGGCAAAGGCAGCCACGGGCAGGGUCCAGGCCCCGGCAGGCCCAAAUCCAAAAACCUGCCGCCUAAAGUCCAAGAGUAUGAAUUUACAGACGAUCCACAAGACAUUCCCCGCACUCCUAAAAAUGAUGCGCCCAACAGAUUUUGGGCAUCAGUCGAGCCGUAUUGUGCUGACAUCACAAAUGAAGAGAUCCGGUUGCUAGAGGAGCUUCUAAAACCUCCGGAGGAUGAAGCAGAGUAUUUCAAAACUCCAGCUCUAGGGAAACACUACUCUCAGCGUUGGGCUCAGGAGGAUCUGCUGGAGGAGCAGAGGGAAGGAGCUCGAGCCAACGACAAGAAGAAGAACCUCAUGGGGGGUCCGCUGUCCGAGCUGGAUGCUAAAGAUGUGGACUCACUGUUGAAAAAGUCGGAAGCCCAGCAUGAAUCUCCAGAAGACGGAUGUCCCUUCGGUCCUCUCACACAGCGUCUGCUCCAGGCGCUUGUAGAGGAGAAUAUUAUAUCCCCCAUGGAGGAUUCUCCUAUACCUGACAUUUCAGGAAAGGACGCUAAUGAUGGUGCUGGGACUUCUCCUCGCAGCCAAGGAAAAGCUUAUAGUGUUCCUCACACACGUUCUCUGGAGGCUCGAAUCAAAGAAGAGCUGGUGGCUCAGGGGCUGCUGGACUCUGAGGAGCGACCCGGGCCAGGCGGAGACUCUGAGGACGAGGUGCUGGCAGAACUGCAGAAGAGACAAGCAGAGCUCAAAGCCCUCAGCGCUCACAACAGAGCCCGCAAGCAGGAGCUGCUCCGACUGGCAAAAGAGGAGAUGCGCAAACAGGAGCUGAGGCAGAGAGUCAGGGUGUCUGACAACGAGGUGAUGGAGGGAUUUCGACGAAUCAUGGCAGCCAGGCAGAAGAAACGCACUCCGACCAAGAAGGAGAAAGAUCAGGCCUGGAAAGCACUGAAGGAGAGGGAAAGCAUCCUCAAGCUGCUGGAUGGAUAGAGGAAGACACAGUUAAAGAUUCUAACCAGAAAGAAGAUUGAGACAGAUUGGAACAGCUGUGACAGCUGUUACACAGUCAGUGAACAGCUUUAUCCAUGACGGUGUAUGAUACAGUGUACUGUAGGUGUGUGUGUGUGUGUAUGUGUGAUUUCACUAUGGACAUUUGUGUGGUAGUUUUUACGUCAUGUACAGCAGAGAGCUCAUUUGAUCAGUAACAUUUAGUAUGCAUCAAAGACUUUUCCUCCUUUUUGUUCAACUUUUUUCAUGCCAGUUGAAUUUUUACGUUGAUUUAUAUUUUGUUUACUAUUGUGAUGUUAUGAAAACAGUACACAUGAAUGUUCAAAUAAAUCAGAAUGACUUAAAGACUCAA